AUGGAUUCUGCUUACGGUGAGGUUUUGUCACCCGAAGACAUGGCAAAGGACAUGUAUGUCGAACUCUCAGGGAGGGUGCGAAAAUCCUCUCAGAAAGUUCUUCUCGCCGGUGUUCUGGCCAGCGAUGAUACCGGCUCAAGCAAAUAUGUGGAAUGGACUCGUGAAAUUUGUCGACAAGUUGGCAUCGAGUACUGUCUUAUUCGCGUAUCUCCUUCUAACGUGGCAACGUACAUCAAAGCCCUGAACACAAAUCAUCAUGUCAACGGCAUCAUCGUCUAUUAUCCUAUUUUUGGAGAUGAUCGAGAUGUUGACCUCAGAGGUCUCGUCACCCAAUCAAAAGAUGUUGAGGGCCUCAAUCGUCAGCACAAACAACGUUCAUCCGGUCAGGCAAACGGGCUAAGGCAUGGUCGCUUUAUCCCCUCACCGGUACCGUGUACAGCAAUGGCCGUUUCAAUGAUACUACAAUGGAUAGGAAUCUACGACCAGUCCGUCCCGGAGGCCACCCAGUUGAGAAAUCAGACAAUCUGCAUUAUCAAUCGCUCGGAAGUGGUGGGAAAACCACUUGCUGACUUGUUGGCAAGUCAAGGCGCUCAAGUUUACAGCGUCGAUCUUGAAGAUGUUCGCAUUUUCCAGCGAGUCGAAUCUCAAUGGAAAACCGGAAUCUCUCAAGAGAUAGUUGCUGGCUGGACAUUGGAGGAUGCUGUGAAGGUGUCCAAUGUCAUAGUCUCAGCAGUCCCGAACGCCUUAUUCAAGGUGGACAAGAGAUGGGUUCAACAUGGAGCUAUCUGCAUCAAUGUUUCCUCAGACAAGAACUUCGACUCGGAUAUUCUCGAGGUUGCUUCCAAGUACGUGCCAAGGCUUGGUAGUUUGACCAUCGCUGCUUUAUUGAAUAAUCUUCUUGUGGCCUCGCAACAGGGCUGA